AUGGCUGUACGAGCACAAUUCGAGAACUCCAACGAGGUCGGCGUCUUCGCGACACUCACCAAUUCUUAUGCCUUAACUGCUGUUGGCGCAAGCGAAAACUUCUACAGUGUCUUCGAGUCGGAAUUACAAGAUGUUAUUCCCAUCUGCCGAACCACGAUUGCUGGCACGCGCAUCAUCGGCCGAUUAACAGCAGGCAACCGCAAAGGACUCCUUGUACCUACCUCCACAACUGACCAAGAAUUACAACACCUACGAAAUUCCUUACCCGACGAGAUCAAAAUACAGCGAAUAGAAGAGCGUCUAUCCGCCUUAGGGAACGUCAUAGUAUCGAACGACCACAUAGCUCUAGUCCAUCCGGAUUUAGAGCGCGAGACGGAGGAGAUUAUCGCAGAUGUACUGGGCGUUGAGGUUUUCCGACAAACGGUCGCGGAUAAUGUGCUUGUUGGAAGCUACAUGAGCCUUAGUAAUCAAGGUGGAUUGGUACACCCCAAGACCAGCAUCCAGGACCAGGACGAGUUGAGCAGCUUGCUGCAAGUACCGCUUGUAGCUGGUAGUGUAAAUCGGGGUAGCAAUGUGGUUGGCGCGGGUAUGGUCGUGAACGACUGGCUGGCUGUGACAGGAUUGGACACGACAGCGACAGAAUUAAGUGUCAUCGAGAGUGUCUUCAGACUUGGCGAGGGCGCUGCACCGGGCAACAUCGGUGGAAAUCUCAAGGAUACUAUGGUGGAAAGUUUCUAUUAA